AUGGGGCAAGACCAGUCUGUUUUAGCGGACGACCAGAUCGACGAGGCGCAGAUUCGCCGCCGCCUCCGAGAUGAGAUGCGAACCGCGCGCAAAAGAAAGCCGGAGGCCAAACGGAGAGCAGAUGCGUUUAUGAAACACACCGAUGCGCCGAACCACAUCCGCGCGAUUCGCGAAGAGAAGAAGGAGCGCGUUCACGACGACAGCUUCGAGGGCACUUUCGAGAUCCAGGACCUCGUCCGGAAGAAAAAACCUCCACCCGAGGAAUUCAAGGCAAGUCGCCUCAAUCCCGAGUCUCUGCUCGUCUCUCUCCUCUCGCGCGGAUCUCGCAGCUUGUGGCGUGCCGCUCCCCUCUGUGCUGUCGCCGCUACGCCUUUGUCUCUCAUGUUCUCGGUCGAGGGCAAGCUGACGGAGCUGCCGGCGUCCGAUCUUCCCUCCCAGGAGACGGAGUCGGAGUCGUCGGACGACGAGGACCGCGGUCGGUACCAUUUCGAAGUCUCGACGCGGAAGCGCGGCGAGCCGCUGGCAGUCACCGAUCCGGAGGCGCAUCCAGUCAUGAUAGAGGGCGAGCGGGCUGUCGGCUAUGAGCUGCAUCUGAAAGACGAGUCGCUUUUCGCAAGGGAGUUCCCCGUAUUCCGCGUCGAGUGGUUCCUCGGGCUCGACGUCAACGACUCGGAUCGCUUCAGCGUCCACUUCGACCAAGAAGGCAGUCUCUCGCUCCCGUACCGCAUCCCGCAGGAGGCCGUCGGAAAGUUUGUCAUGGCCAAAGCGUACAGAAACGUCGAGGACCAGCUGCAGGACACGCAGCUCGGCGGUCAGGACGCGGGCGCCUACGACCCGCACGUCGGCGGCGUCCGCCACAGCGACUACCGGCCGCCGCCUGGAGUCGUCAAGGUCUGUUCGACGGCGGUCGUCGGACCAGUGUUGAUUUCCGACGCGUGCGCCUACGUGCUGCAGAAGGCGCUUUCGCGCGGGGGUUUCACGUGUGCGAUCAAGCUCCGUGACGUUUUCAAAGCAGACGAAUACCAGGGGGAGAAGAUUAUCUCGCUGGACGGCGCGCGGACUGCGGCGAAGAGCCGAAAGAAGCUGCCGGGGACUCUCCGCGUGGACAACUCAGGCAUCGUGGAAGUUGCCUACCGCGCCAGCGACCUGCAAGACCUGGAGGACGACUCCGCCGACGGAGGUAUUUUUGGCUAUUUGCCGGUCGGGGGGCUGCUCGGCCGCGAGACCACGGACCGCAAGCGCGGGGGCAGGCGCCCCGGCGGAGACAGCGACAGCGAAUCCGACCGCAUGGAGCGGUACGCGACGCCUCUGGACAAGGUCUAUGUACGGCCCUCCCGAGGCCAAAACACCAUGAUCGUCGCGACCGAGUGGAGGCCGCUUGACGAGAAGAAGGAGGGAAAACAAGAUAUCCUCCGACUCGAUAUCGACCCAGUCGUCGGCCGAGACAACGCCCUUUACGUCGUCAUUGGCUUCCAAGCUGCGAAAAAAGCCAGGCGAUUCGACACUAGGGAGUGGAAGCGCCUCGUCGAUAUGGGCGACCUGCAGGAAGUGAAACAGAUGGUUGAAAGGUACCUCAAAGAGAUAACUAGCACGGCGACAGAGAAGGCGCCUGCCUUCGAGCGGAUGCCGACGACUCCGUGGGCUAUCCUCAACGCUCCUCAGUCCAAAAGCAUCGAUUAA